UCGGUGUAUCUGAAAUUCUCACGGAGUUGACAAAUAUGGAAAGGAAUAAUAUUGUUUGCAUUUUGUUCUGCCUGUAUACGUGCAUAUAUAUUUUUUCGUUUGCAGUUAUAUUUGAUCAAAAUGUCUUGAUUUAUUACACAUCAGUUACAAUCCGCUGUGUCGUUAGUUAAAGGUACUUAAAGAGCAGCAUAAUUGUUUAGCAAUUAUUUACAAGUUGCAGUAUUUUGUUCGCACGGUGUCGCUGCUCUGUGAAAAAGCUCUCUUCUGAGAUAUAAAUAUAAAAGGGGAUUGUGGAAGAUUUUUUUCUCUCAUACUGUUUGGAGACCAGCUUUUAUUUUUCCUUCACAUGGACAGAAACAGAGGAUGUUAGAGAGGGUACUGUUCCUAGCUCAGCUCUAAUGGGUCGUUAUUAUCCAUCAGGGGGAGGAGUAUGUGUGUGUGUGUGUGUGUGUGUGUGUGUAUUGUUGAGGAAGCCAUGACAGUCGUGGAUGCUCUGCAGACAGACACACACCCUUUAAGGAUUAUGCAGGGUUAUUUUUUUGUAAACACAGUAGGAUUAUAUCAUACUUAUAUUUUAAUUGCGCAUUGAACGCAGUUAGUUUGCAGGUCGUGUUUAUUCGAAUCGCUAAUCUGCGCAUUUUCUGUUCGCAAUGGAUCCGCGAGCUUUCGCCUUUUGCAGGAGGUCAUGGCACGUCAGAUUUGUUAUGUUUUCCGCGCUAUGGGGCUCAGCUUUCACCGUGACGCGGUACUCCAUCCCGGAGGAAACAGCAGAACGAACUGUGGUGGCACAUUUAGCCGCAGAUUUGGGUCUGGAAGCGCGCAGCCUCGCGGAGCGCAACGUGAAGCUCGACUACAUCCACAGCAAAAAAUACCUGGACAUUAACAAAGAGACCGGAGAAAUGUUAAUCACCGAAAAGAUCGACAGAGAGCACCUCUGUCCCGCAAAGACGUCCUCAUCGUGCUUCCUUAAAAUGGAUGUUGUGAUCGAGAAUCCGUUACGCAUAUUCAACCUCGAACUGGAAAUCAUGGACAUAAACGAUAACGCCCCUCAGUUCAGGAGAGAGCGCAUACCGCUGGAUAUCUCGGAAUCAGCGAGGCCUGGGGAGAAAUUUUCUUUAACCAACGCAGUCGAUGCUGAUGUUGGAGAAAACUCUAUCAAGACUUACUUCCUGAGCCAAAGUGACGAGUUCACUAUUGAGAUCCAGACAGGAAGCGACGGCACGAAAUACGUGGACCUCGUUCUCGAAGCACCUCUGGACAGAGAGAAGCAGACUGUGCAUAGUCUCAUCCUCACAGCCGUGGACGGUGGCACACCGGCGCGGACUGGCACUGCCACCGUCAUCGUGAAAGUACUAGACACCAAUGACAACGCUCCUCAGUUUGACAGGCAGGUGUAUUCAGUCGAUCUGGUUGAAAAUGCCCCGGUUGGUACGCUGGUCAUGCAGCUCAAUGCAACAGACAUAGAUGAAGGCACCAAUGCUGAGGUUGCUUACUCAUACACGCUGUACACGUCUGAAAAAACACAGGAAAAAUUCUCGCUGAAUCCCAAAAGUGGAGAAAUCCGAGUGAAAGGUGUGAUCGAUUAUGAGGAGAUGAGAAGUUUUGAAAUGUAUGUCGAAGCCAAAGACAAAGCGAUAACUCCACUUUCGGCACAAUGCAAAAUAUUGGUUUUUAUCGCGGACUUAAAUGAUAAUUAUCCUGACAUCACGGUUAAAUCAUUCAAAAGCUCAGUUAAGGAGAAUGCACCCAUGGGAACGGUGAUAGCCGUGGUCAGUGUGAGUGACAGAGACUCUGGAGACAAUGGCAAAGUUUUUCUUUCGUUACGCGACGCUGAGGAGUUGCCUUUCCUUCUAAACAAAUCAUCCGAGGAUUACUUCGAACUAACUGUCAAAGAUCCAUUAGACCGCGAGAAAAACUCUAGUUAUGAGAUCACACUCCAUGUUACGGAUAGAGGAACGCCUCCACUCACUGACAGCGAGACUAUUAGCUUGGAGAUCCUGGAUGUGAAUGACAAUGCUCCUGUGUUUCCUCAGUCCUUUUACACGAUUCAUCUGCCUGAAAACAAUGAGCCAGGUGAGCUUCUCUGCUCUCUCACUGCACACGACCCGGACCUGAAUGAAAACCAGUAUCUGGUCUAUUUCAUAGUGGAGAAAGAGAUCUCCAACACCUCUGUGUCUAUGUUGUUCUCAGUGAACCCGGAAAAUGGGAACCUGCAUGCACUGCGUGCCUUCGACUAUGAGCGUGAGAAGGAGUUUCUCUUUCACAUAGAAGCUCGAGACUCUGGUGUCCCACCUCUCAGUAGCAAUGCCACGGUACGUGUGAUCAUUCUUGACCAGAAUGACAACGCGCCUCAAAUCGUGUCACCGUGGAGGGCUCAUGACUCUGUCGUCGACCAGGUGAUCUCAAGGGCUGCUGAUCAGGGCUCGCUGGUGGCGAAGGUAAUCGCACUGGAUGCGGACUCAGCGCAGAACUCGCGUGUCACCUACCAGUUCCUCCAGGUCACCGAUUCGUCGCUGUUCACUUUGGACCACUACAAUGGUGAGGUGCGGACAGCUCGCAUGUUCACCUACCGAGAUCCCAAACACCAACGGCUCGUGAUUGUAGCCAAAGAUAAUGGAGAUCCACCACGCUCUGCCACGGUCACCAUCAAAGUUUCCACUGUGGAGCAAGUAGUGGUCACGCAGUUAACAGAGACAACUGAGAUGCCGAUGGAAUUUGACCUGUUCACAGAUUUGAACCUGUAUCUCUUGCUCAGUCUGGGGUCCGUGUCUUUUCUGCUGCUCAUCACCAUUUUAGUCAUCAUUGUUCUGAAGUGCCAGAAGCCCAAACCCUCCAAAGCAGCUGUUCACGGUCGAAACAGUGUUACCAGCCAGAGGAACUCAACGAUCGGUGACUCCACCCUCAUCUCCAGUGACGCUUACUGGUACAGUCUGUUUUUAGCUGAAACAAGGAAAGGAAAGGUCGUGGUUCGCCAGCCAUUGCCCAAUGGCAGUGGCUUCAUCGUGUCCAGUAUACCACGGAGUGUAGCUCUCACGACCACCAGUGAAUCCAGAUCUUCCACACUGCAGGAAUCCAGUAGUGAUCUACCUUGAUCCUGAGUCUUCCGAAACAGAUCCACAUUCUGGGAGAACGCUUAUCUUGAUCUAGUUGGAGAGGUCAUGAGAAUUCAGUUCUGAUGAACUCUUAUGACACAUGAAAUCCCUCAUCUUAUUGACCCGCCGUAUUUCUCGUCAACCUGUAACCGCAACAGCGACUUUGCUUGGCUAAGACUUUGUGUGACUUAAAUAAGUCAUGAAAGGACUCUGAAUAUCAAGAGGAAGAAAGAAGAUGGUCGAAAUAUACCAUACACCCUGGAUUUGUGACAGGACGAGGAAAGAUACUCAUUCAAAAAAUAUUUUUGACUUUUUUUUGUUUACUUGGAAAACGACUUGAUCUAUUAUGCAUGCUAAACCAGUGCUACUCUGGUCAAGCACUCUGAACUGGACAAAAAUUAAUUUCAUGUAAAAUAUAAUCUGAAGAGCACAAUUUCCUGAACCAGGCAUGUGGCUUUUUGUUUGAUUAUAUGAUAAACAGAACAUGAUCUAUGGAUCAUACAAACAUACAAAUUCAAACAAGGAAAUGAAGUUGGAUUUUAUUCGAUUUUCAAUGACAGAUACAGUCGAAAAAGACGGUAUAAACUUUAACCCUACCCCUAACCUUAAUAUUGUAACUUCUCAUGCAAAACAUGAUACGUGAAUUGUUAUAAAUUUGUGUGUCAUAUGCAAAUUGAUCCAAUAGGCUGAUUUUUUUUUUUAAAUAAUAAGGCUAGAUAUUGACUAUGAAUUUAUAAAACUAUAAAAUAUAAUUAUAAAUUGAACUAUAAAAAACAUUAUUAUUAUUAUUAUUAUUAUUA